AUGACAUCAACAGCAAAAGAAGGAGAAGAAGAAAAACAGAAGCAAAUCGUCGCGGCCGAUGCGGCGUACAAAGCCGGCAUCGCGGCUAUUCGUGCGAACGAUUUGGAGUCUGCCAUUCAGUUUCUCGGGUCGAGUUUGGAAAUUCGAAACGAAAUAUUCGGCGAAGGAAGCAUUGAAGUCGCGCCGACGUAUUUGAAGUACGGAUGCGUAUUGUUUUGGAAAGCGCAAGAAGAUAACACGGUGUUUGGGGCGAACGCACCGGGAGGUGCUGGUGGGGAAGCCGGCGGUGGCGAUGAUGCGAAUACGACGAAAAAUGCUGCUGCGACGAAGGAGGAGGAAGAGAAAGAACAAAAGGAAGAAGAAGAAGAAGACGACGACGGAGAAGACGCGAACGAGGAAGGAGGCGAAGACGAGGAAGACGAAGAAGAAACAGACAUGGAAUUGGCGUGGAAGCUGUUAGAAAACGCGCGUUUGAUUUAUCUCGAGCAUUUUGAAGCGACGAAAGCGAAUCCAGACCCAGAACCAUUGCGAAAAGAACGCGCGCUCGAACUCGCUUCGGUGUAUGAGAACCUCGGAGAUAUCAAUCAAGAGCAGUCUAAUUUCGAGGCUGCUAUUGAAGACGAAACGAAAGCUUUGCAGAUUUACGAGAAAGAGUUGAGCUUAGACGAUAGAAGGAUUGCCGCGGUUUUGUCUAACAUGUCGCUCGCGUACCAGCUUUUAGAUCGAUUCAAAGAAGCUUUGCGAACGUGUCAACGCGGCAUCGCCGUCUUGAACGCUCGCUUAAAACGGUUACAAGAAGACGAUCUGAAAGACGGAGGGAAGGAAAACAAAGAACGCACGGAAGAGUUUGAGACUAUUCGAGCGGUUUUGGGUGACUUCACGGAAAAAGAAAUCGAACUUAAAGGCCUCGAAGACCAAGAAAAGUCUGCGAAGGAUGCUAUUCGAGCUGCGUUUGCAUCCAUCGGAGGCGUGGUGAAACCAGACCCGAACGCGGCUGAUAAGAAUGAAGGCAUCGAAACGGACGGGUUCGAUAAGCCGCAGUUAAACGAGCAAACAACUGUCGUUCAAGUGCAACAAGUUCGUAAGAAGGUCGUCCCGCAGCAGCAGCAGGAACAACAACCUGUCCAGUUGCAACCGAAACGCGUCAUUCCUGUGCAGCAAGCGCCGGUCCGCGUGCAACCGAAACCGGUGGUUGCGCCAACUCCCGUCUCCGGCGGGAACGAACAACCGCAGGCUAAAAAGUUGAAGCCAACGCCUUCAAAUGCCGCGAAAGAGAACGAACCAGCGCCAACCGAGGGCGAGCAGUGUAAACAACAAUAA